AUGUCGUUCAACCAAGAAAACAUUGGGGCUUACCACCAGGUAGCUCAAUACCAUGGAUACUCCCAAUUUCCUCGUACACGGCCAGGUAAAUGACCCAAGCAGAAGCAUAUAUUCCCUUGAUGGUGGUAUAUAUGUAACAUAAUGUCCUGACAUAUCUCUAGUUGCAGGUCUCGCCUAUCACAGCAAUGAAAAUGGUAGUAAUCUACCUGCCCUUGCAGCGCCUACACAGCAUCGUGGCAUGUACGUCGACAUGAUCGAGUCCUCUAUCCGACACCUUCAGACCCACAUUGCAAGCAGUAAGUCCAUGAAACAGAAUUACAAAAUGGAGGAAAUCUAAUGCGCCUACUAGAUGGAGGUACCAGUGAUGCCUUGCAAUCGUCUCCUGAAAUCCAAGAGAUGACUUUGGGUGUCAUGUUAAUACUUAUUGACAUGUGCAGUAUGUUUAUCCUUGCGUUUCAAAAUGUAUCAACUAAUACGUUUCAAAGAAUAUCCCGAGGGUGGACUUCGUCAAGUCUUCCCAAAGAUGUCAGCAGGCACCAAACACACCUCCUGGGAUAAAAAUAUCAAGGACGAGACCGAGAUGGAAACCCCACAUCCCAAGCUUCGUGAAAUUCAACACACCAACGCUCUCCGCACCCGAUCCCAAGCAAGUCUCGUAUACAAUAACCAACUCCAGGUAACGACAAACAAUGAGCUCUCGCUUGUGCCAAGCACCCCUAGGCGAAACCAAAUCCCUUACGUCAACGGUACAAACAGCCUCAGCCACUCUAUUGUGAAGCAAGAACCGAACUUUCAACCUUUCAGAUCUUCAGUUGCAGUAGGUAGCAAAUACAACCCACUCCAAAAUGGCAGACCCGGAAAGUUUCGAACUUCCUACCAGAAGAGCGGAGCUCCACGACCCAAUCGUCAACUUGCUUUGACUCUUGGCUACGCAGGAGUACAGAAGUAUCAAGGAGAUCCGAAGACGGUAAUCGAGAAUGCCAGUUGCCCGGCAGAUAUCAACUGUGCAAUCUGGAUGUCACAAAUUCCGACUUGGGUCACUACAAAGGACAUCUUUGCCACCAUCACCGAGGGGAAGGUUUGGUCUUUCUACAAGGUUGAUCCCGUAUCUGGAAGAUUCGAGAAGUGUGGCGCAAAGAUUGUCUUUCAAGAGAGAUAUAUUGCCGAGCAAUAUCUCAACAAAUGUCACGCCCAUGGUCUGAAGUUUGGUGAGGAGGUUGUGAAGGUAGAAUGGAACAGAAACCCAGUCUACCCAUGCAGACCAGACGAACUUAAUUCAAGCAGAGUGCUUCGAAUCUCCGGACAAGACCCAGAGGUGAACUGCAAGGAUCUGGUUGCCCUUUUGAAGGAGCAGAUGGAGUUUGAGCUACAUGAAGCAAACCGUUAUAUGGAGUACAAUACAUUGACCACAGGUAUUGAACUGGUAUUUGACAAAGUCGUUGGUCAAAGCAGACAAGCAAUGGCUUUGAUCAUGGAUAUCAUUCGUACAAAUGGAUAUGACUGGAAGGUCCAGUACGGCCCAGAUCCCUGUGAUCAAACCAACUAUGACCAGCAACUGUUCUCUGGCACCCAGGUACAGAGACAAAUUGCUUAG